AUCAAGAUGGUGCUGAGCCUAAUCCUAAUUCUGUUGCUGUAUGCAACUUAUUACGUCUGUCAAAUAUUUUUGUUGAUCAUAGUUUGCAAGAUAAAGCAGUGAAAAUUUUAUCUUUAUAUAGUCAUAGGAUGACAAUAUUACCUCUAGCUCUUCCUGAAAUGUUGUGUGGUUUGAUGUUUUAUUCUUCUAAUCUUAAACAGGUUAUUGUAACUGGGAACAGAGAUUGUGAAGAUACGCAGAAUUUAUUGAAACAAGUUCACCAGCAUUUUCUUCCAUUUAAAGUGCUUUUACUUGCUAAUAAAGAUUCAAAAGAUUUAUUAUCUGAAAGACUUAAGGCACUGGAACAGCUAAAUGGAUCUGAAUUAUCAGAUUCUGUUGCAUUCGUGUGCCAGAAAAAUUCAUGUUCGCUUCCUGUGUUUUCUCCCAAAGAGUUAGAAAAAUUACUACUUGGUUCACUACAGCAAUCUGUUUGUGAGGCUCAUGCAGCAUGAUUCCCUCUAAGUUGUGGAUGUGUUCUUACUCACGCCUUUAAAAAUUCAGCAUACAAACAAAAUUAACAAGCACACACAAGCAUGAAAUUUAUCAAAAUAAUAUUAAUAAUUAUAUUUUUUCAUGUUACAUAUUAGUCAGUAUUUUAAAAAAGUGUGUCUGUGUUGUGUCAUAAAACUGUAGGAAGUGGUGCUGUCUCCUAAAGUAAGUAAAGUUCGCAUUGUUAAACAGCGACUAGCACAUGAUACGUUGCCCGCAAGUAUAGCUAAAAGUAUCAUGUGUUUAUGCACUGCACUGAAUGUUCAUAUAAAUAUAUAUAAUCUUGUAAAAAGAAGAAAGACAGCAAAUGAUUUUGAAAUCAAGUGGCUUAAUGACAUAGUUGAUAUAGAAGCACCAAAUAGUAAAAAUAAAUUACGAGCUCCAUUUAUAGGAAAUAUUUUUAUACAUCAAAGAAAAUGGAAUUAUUUGUAUUUACUGUCGUGAUAGACAUGGAAAAAAUGAUUUUGUUAGAUGAAAAAAAUAAACAGGUA